CCCCCCGCAACUUCGACGGCCGGACCCAACAUGGCUUCGACGGGGGGCGAGAAGCGGAAGCGGGUCAACCUGAGCGUGAAGCAGAAGCUGGAGCUGAUCGAGAAGCUGGAGUCGGGCUCGUCCGUGGCGCGCGUGUGCGAAGAGUACGGGGUGAAGAAGCAGACCGUGUCCGACAUCCGCAAAGCGAAGGAGAAGCUCAAGAAGUUCGUCCUCAUGUGCGACGUCGACUCGACCAGCAACACCGCCGAGAUCGGGGCGAGGAAGCACAUGAAGAUGUCCCAGGAAGCCUCCCUCGAAGAGGCGGUGCUGAAGUGGUACGUGGAGCAGCGCUCCGGCGGCGCCAAGGUCCGCCGGGUGGACCUGAAGUCGGCCGCCAACGCCAUCGCCGCCGACAUGAAGCUCAGCUUCAAAGCCAGCGACGGGUGGAUCUGGCGCUUUUACAAGCGGCACGGCAUCGACAACAAGCGCGCCUGCGGGGAGGCCGCGGAGGAGGUGGCGCCGCUGGGGAGCAGCUUCUACAAGCGCUACAUCAUGUCGCAAAUCAGAUCCAAGAGCAAAGAGGCUGCAGAGAAAACAAUGAAGGAGAAAAACUGUGCAGAUCCACAAUGGAAAGGAGGACCAGAAAGUCCCACCAAUCCAGGUCAGCCUCAGUAUAUUCCAGAACCAAAAUUAGAGGAAAUGGAUCUCGGAAAACUCCCUUGUGGAAUUCAGCCUCAGCCUGUUUCUGAGCAACCAGGAUGGGGAGCAUCACAAAAAAGUAAAGAGGAACCAUUCAUUGGGAUGGAAGAGCGGUGGGAGGCCCAGUGGCAGCAGUUCCUCAAGACACUGCAACCCGUCCACAGAGCAGGGGGCAACCCAUGUUUCUCAGAGGCUUCUCCCUGGGAAGAUACCAAGGCCUUUUUGGCCUCCUUUGAGCAGGUGGCCAAAGCCUGCCAGUGGCCCACAGACCAGUGGGUGGCCCAUCUUCUGCCAGCACUGAGUGGAGAAGCUGAAGAGGCCUUCCAAAGUCUGGAAGCCAGAGAUCGGGAGGACUAUGGGAAAGUGAAGGCGGCCAUCUUGCGAGGGGAAGCCCUGAAAAUGGAGAUGCAACGCCAACAUUUUAGGCAGUUCUGCUGCCUGGAGGUGGGAGACCCCCGAAGGAUCCACAGCCAACUACAGGAACUUUGUCUCCAGUGGCUGAGGCCGGAGAGGCGCACCAAGGAGCAGAUCCUGGAGCUGCUGAUCCUGGAGCAGUUCCUGGCCAGCCUCCCACUGGAGCUCCAGAGCUGGAUCCGAGCAGGAGGAGCAGACACGUGUUCCCAGGCGGUGGCUCUGGUGGAGGAGUUCCUGAGGAGCCGGCAGGAUGUCAAGUCAGAGUCAUAUGAGGGGCCAGGACUGAUCCAGGAGGUGGCCGUGAGUUUUCUCACCUCUGAGCAGACGCCAUUAAUUCCUGGAGAGAGGCAGCUCGAUUGCAAGAUCAAGCAAGAAGAGGAUGAUGGCGUCAAUUCAGAAGGGCCUCAUGGCAGCAUGGAUCCUACUCCCUCCUCCAAUUUUAUACCUGCAACAACAACCCUGCAAGCCGCUGAUGAGUGGAUCACUGAGAUGAAAGAGGGGGAUUCCCAGGGGGAUGACACUGAGCCCAUGAAGCUCCAGGGGACCCCCUGGGACAGUCUCCCCAAACCCCAGGAGGACAGUGACACUUUGGUGAGCCCUGAUGCUGGCUCAAAGCAGAAGGGAGAAGAUGGCCACGAUCAGCCCAUGGUUGAAAUCUUUCCUCUGGCGGGAGAGGAGAGGAAUCUGAGUCCGCCGGUGGUCAAGAAGCGAUACAGGAUCCGGGGGAAGAAGACAUGCUCCGUCUGCAGCAAGACCUUCAGCCGGAGCACAGUGCUCGCCGCGCAUCAGCGGACCCACACGGGCGAAAAGCCGUUCGAAUGCCAGAGCUGCGGGAAGUGCUUCAGCUUCAAAUCCGCCCUAGUUGUGCAUGAGAGGACCCACACAGGGGAGAGGCCCUAUGCAUGCGAUCGGUGCGGGAAGAGCUUCACCGUCAGCUGGGUCCUCACCAGGCACUACAGAGUCCAUACCAAAAAAGAGCAGUUUGGGUGCUUGGAGUGCGGGAAGAGCUUCCCCCAAAAGUCGCAGCUGCUCAGCCACCAGAAGGUCCACAUCAGGGAGAAGCCCUUCCGGUGGGCCCAGCCUGGGGAAGCUGUUGGGUGCGGCCUGGGUGUCAAGAGACCGGAAGGCUCCUGCUCGGGGGAGGCGAAGCCCUUCAGAUGCCCCGACUGCGAGAAGUCCUUCAAUACGUCCUCCCAGCUGGACAGGCACCACCGGGUCCACACGGGAGAGAGGCCCUUCACGUGCUCCGAGUGUGGGAAGAGCUUCAGGCAGUGGCAGAUUCUCAUGGUGCACAAGAGGAUCCACACAGGCGAGAAGCCAUUUAAGUGCGCUGUCUGCGGGAAAUGCUUUUCCAACCAGGCCAGCCACAUCCGGCACCGGAAAGUCCACACGGGGGAGAGGCCGCACCCCUGCGCCAUCUGUGGGAAAAGGUUCCCCUACCGGGCGGUUCUAGUGAAGCAUCAGAAAAUCCAUGUGCGGGAAGCCCUGAACAGUCACUGGGUGGGGAAGGAAGAGGAGCAGGCUAAAGAAGCUUCAUAAAAGAAAAAUGGGCAGUGAAACGCUCCAGUUUUGUGACUGGGACCACAGGCAGCCUUUCACCUGAGCCUUCCCAUACAUGAUGGCCUCCAGAUGUGUUGGACCAGUGGCCAUUCCAGGUGGAGGUGGCAGGAAUUGUACUUAAUACCUGAAAAUACCAGGUUCAGGAAGGUUGACCUUGUAAAUGCAGCGUGUGCCCAUACAAGCCCUUGGGGAACACUUGGUAGGUCUCCAGUCCUUGAUGUCUGUCUCAGCACUGCUGUAGGAGAAGCACCCAUCAUCUGGCCGGGACUCUCCUGAGCACUCCUGAUGGGUGUGUCUGGGACCUGAGGUUGGGUGGAUCCUUGGCUUGGUGAUGAGGGAUUGUUGAGUGUCUGUGAAGUUGAUAGUCUCAGGGGUACAGGAUCUUUAAGCUAUUCACUGUAGUGAGUCAAUGAAUCCAUUAACAGAGGACAGGGAGUCCCUUUAAUGGUUGCAUCUGUAUUGCCUAAUAAUAUGGGUGUGCAUAAAAUGGGAAACGUGCUUUGUUGUGAACGGAAACAAAUGGUGCGUCUUGGAAGUUGGGCUGAACCAUCCUGGGUAGUCUGCAGUUUGGGGAAAAACUGACAUCUGGAACUGGAGUUGCUCAAGUUUUGACCCAAAAUCCAGAGGUGUGCCAUUCUCCCCCCAUCAUCACUGAUAGGGUAAGGAAGGUGCUGCGAAGACGGGAGGUGAGUCUGGGAUAUUGUUCAGCAAAAACUAGGGGCAGUGGCAGCUAUUCACCCCCCAUCCUUCCUUCUUUUCCCUACCUCCCCUUAGUUGCCACCACCACAAUUAAUAUUCUUGGUUUUUCGCCACACUCCCUCUCAAACACUUCUGCCUAGAAUGCAUCUGUCUUGGUCUGGACAUCGAUCUCCUGAAACUAUGCAGGGAAUAGUUCAUGCGCAGAACAUUUUGUGCAUCCCUAAUAGCCAAUCUUGGGCAAUCUCAGAAAGCGAAGAGUGGUUAGAUCUGUUUAGUACUUGGAUGGGAGACCACCAGGAAAUCCCAGGGCUGCAGGCUAUACUGGGAACUAAAAAAAAAAUCCAGAAGUCAGUAGCAGUAAAUCACAUGGAUAUUGAUGCCAAGCAAAAUAAAUGGACAAGUCUGUGAAAUCAACGAGAGUUGAGCUCUCCUUUAAGUUGUAUGGUCUAGUAGUAUAUACUAUAGGAAUGGGAACAAAAAAAAGUGAUUUUCUUCUCAAUGUCAUUGUGUUUUUAGGUCACUUGGCUUUAGUGGGGUGGAAUCUUUCAGUUUCUUACUCUAAAGGCUGAUGUCACCUUGUUCCCUCAGAAUUACUACAUUGAGAGGUUAAUGUAUAUCAUGGAAACUAAUUAAAAGGAAAUUAGAUGUGUCAUUGGUUUGACUAUGAAGUUUCUUUUCUUUUUCCCUCAAUGCAAUUUUUCUCUUCUCAGUCCUGGCUAGCAACGGCUUCAGAGACCCCUCAGAUGAGCUGAGGUCAUCCAUUGAACGGAAUCAUCCAUUGCAUUGUUAACCAGUUUUGUAGAUACGAUAGUAUUACAGAAUGCUGAACUAUGCUGGGAUCUUAGAGAAUCAGUGAAAAGUGAAGGAUACAGUAAUAGCCUCUGCUUUAAAGAAUUGCACAUCUGCU